AUGGUGCCCCCAGGGAAGAAACCCGCAGGAGAGGCCUCCAACUCCAACAAGAAGUGCAAGCGUUACUUCAACGAGCACUGGAAAGAGGAGUUUCCGUGGCUGGACUUCGACUAUGAGCGGAAGUUGAUGUUUUGCCUCGAGUGUCGCCAGGCCCUGGUGCGGAACAAGCAUGGCAAAGCGGAGAACGCCUUCACCGUGGGCACCGACAACUUCCAGCGCCAUGCCCUGCUGCGCCACGUGACUUCGGGGGCCCACCGCCAGGCGCUGGCCGUCAACCGGGGCCAGCCCACUUUUGAGGGCCACGCCGAGGGAGGAGGGGCCUACCCAGAUCUGGAGACGCCCCCCACCUCCAGGGGCGUCAAGAUGGAGGUGGACCCGGCCAAAGUGGCCGUGCUGACCACGGUGUACUGCAUGGCCAAGGAGGAUGUGCCCGAUGACCGCUGCUCCGCCCUGCUCGAGCUGCAGAGGUUCAACCUGUGCCAGGCCCUGCUGGGCACAGAGCAUGGCAACUGCUACAGCCCCAGGAGGGUGAGGGACAUGCAGGGCAUGAAGAAGACCCACGGCUUCUCCAUUCCUUUUGGUGUAUCCCUGGCCCGCAUCAAGCCCAGUACCAUCCACGUGGCCCCUCGGGGCAUGCAAGUGGCCAUUGCCAGUGUCUUGCACACACAGGCCUGCCAGCGCCUGAAGGCAUCCCCGUAUGUGGGGCUGGUGUUGGACGAGACCAGGGACUGGCCUGAGUCCCACAGUCUGGCCUUGUUUGCCACUUCGGUGUCCCCCUGUGAUGGCCAGCCGGCUACCACGUUCCUGGGCAGUGUGGAGCUACAGGAGGGUGAUGCCACUGCUGGCCAACUCCUGGACAUCCUGCAGGCCUUCGGUGUGUCUGCAGCAAAGCUGGCCUGGCUCAGCUCGAGCCUCCCCAGUGACCGCCUUGGGCACGUGGGCCCACAACUCCGCGCUGCCUGCCCACUGCUCACCGAGCUACACUGCCUCCCCGGCCGGACAGAUCCUGAGCCCCCGGCCUACCUAAGUGAAUAUGAAAGUGUGCUGGAUGCCCUAUUCCGCCUCCAUGGUGGCCCCGGUUCCCACACGGUCCCCGAGCUCCGGGCGGCACUGGACCUUGCUGCUGUUGACUUGGCGGGACCGCGGCCAGUGCCCUGGGCGUCCUUGCUGCCUAUCGUGGAAGCAGUGGCUGAGGCUUGGCCUUGCCUGGUGCCCACACUGGAGGCCUCUGCCCCAGCCUCCCCUACAGCUAGGGCACUGGCCCUCGCCCUGCGCCAGUUCACCUUCGUGGCCUUCACCUACCUGCUGCUGGACACUCUGCCCACCGUGCAGAAGCUCGCCCUUGUCCUGCAGCCAGAAGAGCCAGACUUGGCCUCGCUGCAGCCCCUGGUGAUGGCGGCCGCGGCCUCUCUCCAAGCGCAGCGCAGCUCGGGUGGGGCGCGCCUCCAGGGCUUCCUGCAGGACUUGGCUUCCUCCGGCCCCGACUUGGGCGGUGGGUGCUGCACCUACCGUGGCGUGGAGCUGGUCGGCUACUCCGAGGCUGCCGUGCGGGGCUUGGAACGGCUGCGGGGGGCCUUCCUGGACUCCAUGCGGAGGGGGCUGUGGGACUCCUAUCCCGGGCCCUCGCUGGACGCCGUGGCCGCGUUCGCGGCGAUCUUCGACCCGCGCGGCUACCCGCAGGCACCCGAGGAGCUGGGCGCGCACGGCGAGGGAGCGCUGCGGGUGCUGCUGCGCACCUUCGCCCCCGCCGUGGUGCGCCAGCGGGCGCUGGGCGACUUCGCGCUCUUCAAGCGCGUGGUGCGCAGCCUGGGGCGGCUGGGCCCGCGGGCCCUGUGCGCCAGGCUGGCGUGCGCUCGCUCGGAGCUGCACGAGCUCUUCCCGGACUUCGCCGCCCUUGCCGCCCUAGCCUUGGCGCUGCCCGCGGGCGCCGGCCUCCUGGACAAGGUGGGCCGCAGCCGGGAGCUGCGGUGGUGGGGGCAGAGCGGGGCCGGGGAGGGCCGGGGCGGCCCGGCGGUGAAGAUCGCCGUGGAUGGGCCUCCGCUGCACGAGUUUGACUUUGCGCUGGCCGUGGAGUUCUUGGAGACAGGCCCGGCCUCCAGUGCCCCCAGCCCCCUGCUGGCCUCCCUGCCCCUGCCUGCCAGGCCUCUGCAGCCCCCGCUGGACUUCAAGCACUUGCUCGCCUUCCACUUCAAUGGCGCCACCCCGCUCAGUCUCACCCCCAACUUCAGCACGAUGGACCCGAUCCAGAAAGCUGUCAUCAGCCACACGUUUGGGGUCCCCUCCCCUCUGAAGAAGAAGCUCUUCAUUUCCUGUAACAUCUGUCACCUGAGGUUCAACUCAGCGAACCAAGCCGAAGCACAUUACAAAGGCCACAAACACGCCAGAAAACUCAAGGCUGUCGAAGCUGCCAAGAGCAAGCAGAGGCCACAAACCCUGGCCCAGGAUGGGGUGCUGGUGUCCCCAGCCCCGACUUCAGCCAGUGGAUCCCCAGGAGAGCUGCAGAACAAAGUUCCUGAGGCCCUUCCUCCUGGACCCCAACUCCAGCCACUGCUGACUCCGGACCCCACGUGCAGGAAGCCGACCCACUCAGACCUCUUGGAUGCUGCCUCCUCCUCUUCUUCUUCCUGCCUACCCUGCUCCCCAGAGCCUGGGAGGGAGGCACCAGGGCCUGAGCCAGCAGCCGCUGCUGUGGGAACUGGUGUGAGUGUGGAGGGCAGGAGCGAGAAGGGGCGCCUCUAUUGCCCCACGUGCAAGGUGACAGUGAACUCUGCCUCCCAGCUACAGGCUCACAACACAGGAGCCAAGCACCGGUGGAUGGUGGAAGGUCAGCGAGGUGCUCCCCGAAGGGGCCGGGGCCGUCCAGUUCCCCGGGGAGCUGGACACAAGGCCAAGAAAGUGGCAGGGGGCCGGGGGGCCCGACAGGGCCCCAGCCCUCCUUUUCACUGUGCUCUGUGUCAGCUCCAAGUCAAUUCAGAGACCCAGCUCAAGCAGCACCUGAGCAGCAGGAGACACAAAGACCGCCUGGCUGGGAAGCCCCCCAAGCCCUCCAGCCAGCACAGCAAGCUGCAGAAGCAUGCAGCGCUGGCUGUGAGUAUCCUCAAGUCGAAACUGGCCUUGCAGAAGCAACUCACCAAGACGCUGGCGGCCCGCUUUCUGCCCAGCCCGAUCCCGGCUGCGGCCGCUGCCAUCUGUGCCCUGCCAGGGCCCCUGGCCCUCCGGCCUGCUCCCACAGCAGCCACCACCCUCUUCCCAGCUCCCAUCCUGGGCCCAGCUCUGUUUCGUACCCCAGCAGGAGCUGUCCGCCCUGCCACAGGGCCCAUCGUCUUUGCCCCCUACUAG